CCCACCCAUCCCUCCUCGACGGUAGCCCAUUCUACCAUCUACCUACAGUCACCAUGGCGUCCUUCGCCAAUCCCACGCAGAUCUUUGCGGACGAUGUCAUCGAAGAGAAAGGCGAGAACGCCCGUUUGUCCGCCUUCGUCGGAGCCAUCGCUGUCGGCGACUUGGUCAAGAGCACACUCGGCCCCAAGGGAAUGGACAAGAUCCUACAGUCAGCGUCGACCGGAGAGAUCCUCGUUACAAACGACGGUGCUACGAUCCUGAAAUCGAUUGCCCUCGACAAUGCCGCGGCCAAGGUCCUGGUCAACAUCUCCAAGGUUCAAGAUGACGAAGUUGGUGACGGUACGACCUCCGUGACCGUGUUGGCGGCGGAGUUGCUGCGGGAGGCAGAGAAGUUGGUGAACCGCAAGAUUCACCCCCAGACCAUCAUCGAGGGGUACCGGAUAGCCAGCAAGGCGGCUCUGGAGGCUUUGGAGAAGGCUGCCGUCGACCGUAGUGCCGACAAGGAGUCGUUCCGGAAAGAUCUCCACUCUAUCGCUCGUACGACCCUCAGCUCCAAGGUCCUGGCCCAGGACCGUGACCAAUUUGCCACUCUCGCCUGCGACGCUGUCCUCCGACUCCGGGGUUCGACCGACCUGAGCCACAUCCAGAUCAUCAAGAAGGCCGGUGGCAAGCUUAGCGACUCUUACCUCGACGAGGGCUUCAUCCUCGACAAGAAGAUCGGUGUGAACCAGCCCAAGCGCUUGGAGAAUGUCAAGAUCCUGGUUGCCAAUACGGCGAUGGACACAGACAAGGUGAAGGUCUUCGGUGCGCGGGUGAAGGUCGAGUCGACGGGUAAGCUGGCGGAGCUGGAGAAGGCUGAGCGCGAGAAGAUGAAGGCCAAGGUUGAGCGGAUCAAGGCCCACGGGAUCAACUGCUUCGUGAACCGUCAGCUGAUCUACAACUGGCCUGAACAGCUAUUUACGGAGGCUGGUAUUAUGUCCAUUGAACACGCCGACUUCGACGGCGUGGAGCGCCUGGCUCUUGUUACCGGUGGUGAGAUCGCCUCGACGUUCGAUCACCCCGAGCAGGUUAAGCUGGGCCACUGCGACGUCAUCGAGGAGGUCAUCAUUGGCGAAGAUACCCUCAUCAAGUUCUCGGGCGUGGCUGCCGGUCAGGCAUGCACCAUUGUGCUCCGUGGCGCUACGGAGCAGCUGCUCGAUGAAGCCGAGCGCUCUCUCCACGAUGCUCUGGCCGUGCUGUCCCAGACCGUGAAGGACCCCCGGGUCACCCUGGGUGGUGGCUGUGCUGAGAUGGUGAUGUCCAAGGCCGUCGAGCAGGCCGCGCAGAACACAACCGGCAAGAAGCAGCUGGCUGUGGACUCCUUUGCCCUGGCGCUGAAGCAGCUGCCCACCAUCUUGGCCGACAAUGCCGGUCUGGAUUCCAGUGAUCUCGUUACGCGACUACGGCAAGCGAUCAACAAUGGAAUGACUAGCUCCGGGCUGGAUCUGCUCACCCCUGGAGGUGGCAUCGCUGAUAUGCGCGAGUUGGGUGUUGUGGAAAGCUACAAGCUGAAAAAGGCGGUGGUCUCUUCAGCAUCGGAGGCAGCCGAGCUUCUUCUGCGUGUCGACAACAUCAUCCGGGCGGCACCUCGCAGACGCGAGCGCAUGUAAGGAGGGAGGCAAAUUUUGAGUAAAUAUCCACUACUAUGCGAGCGCGGAGAAUAAUUUGCAACGUGAUCCCAACCAGUAUGGUCAUUCAGAAAGGUGGAUGCGUGUUGACAGCGUGCUCUUUCCGGAGCCUAGUUACUGUGCCAUAGAACCUUUUGACGAGAUAAAAGCAUUUGACGAACAAUCGCCUCGAACACUGGCUCUUCAUCGUAUGCUUUCUGGGAUCUCUGGGAGGAUGUUCCUGACUCCUGCGAAGUGCAAAGGUGGUGGGUA